AUGUCAGCGCAGCAGACCCCCUCUCUUCCGUCAAUCAAACGACAAAACAAAGCGUUAAGAAGGAGUUGGUCUAACAAGAAUACAUUAAACAUAUCCAGAAAAGUCCUAGAGAAGUCAGUCAUUCAGCAGAACAAACACAUUGAAUCAAUCCAGCAAAACAAUAUUCAACUUGCCAGGAAGGUCUCUGAACUCCAAAAAGAGCUCAGUGAAAGGAAUGCUGAACUUCAGGUUUCUCGUGAAGAAACCUUUCAAUUGCAGAUGAAGCUCAAUCGACUGCAGAAUAAUAGUGCUGAGUCUACUCUGUACGCUCUUCGUGAAAAAUUGGCUUCAAUGACCGGAGAAAUGUUUAGAGCCCAUGAACUUGCUUCCAGGAUCUGCAGCGAACUCGCGUUGCCACAGGCCUCACCGUUUCCUGGAAGUACACCGUUUUCGCGUAGAUCGAAUGAUUCUAUGCCCAUGACGUCUUCUGUCACCGUUCUACCAGGCGAGGACGAGGGUGUAAGGCGCUCCAAUGAUGCGACUCUCCGACCUAGUGCGCAGUCUGUAGAGAUGGAGUUUGAUUCGUUCGGUCUCGUGUCCAACUCCGUUAGUUAUCCUGCGGGCAGGGAAACAAUGGUUCUGCCUCCGGGUAACGAGGAAGCUGCCGCGGGUAAUCCGCCCACUCCCUUCCAAACUAGAGAGUCAGCUCCACCCACUCCUCUUCAAACUAUGAAGUCAUCUCCAUCCAAACAAUCCAUCCCUUCGUGUCCCAACGAUGGUGGCGAGGACUACGUGCCCGGCCCCAAGCUUAAGCGUAAGAGGGUUGCAGCCACCAAAAAGGUUGAAAAAGCCACCGGGGCUGCUGAUAUCUCCUCUGUAGCCGAACCCGCUGAAUCGGACUCUUCAAAAGCUGCCGUUUUUCACCAUCUGCCUUUCAAUCACCAGCCUACGGAAUCUCAUCUGCUGACAGCGUGUGUUCUAACGACUGUUCCUCUAAAUCAGCCAGAGAUGGACUUGAAACAAGGUGGGAAAAAUGAAGAGGAAGUAGGGGAAGCCGAGCCACCAGAGCCGAAGAAUCCACCAAGACGGCAGUCUAAAAGGAGAAGGAAACGCCUCCGACUGAUCACAGAUGACUCUGUUUUCAUUCCCAUAACUGACUCCAUGAUGGAAGAUGCGGUAGCCGGGAAUAGGAAUAUUGAAAAGCCGGAACAAAAGGGUAAAGAGGUUGGAGAGAAUGUGGAGGUAAAACGUUCGACGUCGCUGGUGGACGAGCAGGGUAGCGACCCCCCUACAUCGCCUAUUCGAGCGCGUCGCAAGACCGGUUCCGUGUCCUAUGUGGUCAAACUCAACACGCAAUUGAUUCGCAUUGGGGCAGGGGAGGAGCCUUGGGCUCUUCAGAGGGAGGGCCCAUUUGGGGAGGGCGUUCGUCUCGGUGCGGAGGAGGAGGCGGUGCGUUCCGACCCAAUUACUGGUCACGUGGAUGGGGUAUUUGCGGAAGGUGCGACCACGGAGGGCAUCGUCUGCGUUUAUUUAGCUCGCAUCGACUGCGAGAACGACAAACAGUGGACCUGCUUUGUGACUUUAUGGGCUGGGUAA